CACCGGAAGCCCGUCUCAGAGCAGCGCCUGCGCAGGCAGAGCUAGAGGGGAACUUGAGGCCGGGUGUCGCCUAGCGGGGUCGGAGCUGGCGGGUACCAUGCUGUCACCCGAGGCCGAACGGGUGCUGCGGUACCUGGUAGAAGUGGAGGAGCUCGCCGAGGCGGUGUUAGCGGACAAGCGGCAGAUUGUGGACCUGGACACCAAAAGGAAUCAGAACCGAGAGGGCCUGAGGGCCCUGCAGAAGGAUCUCAGUCUCUCUGAAGAUGUGAUGGUUUGCUUCGGGAACAUGUUUAUCAAGAUGCCUCACCCUCAGACAAAGGAAAUGAUUGAGAAAGAUCAGGAUCAUCUGGAUAAAGAAAUAGAGAAACUCCGGAAACAACUUAAAGUGAAGGUCAACCGUCUCUUCGAGGCUCAAGGCAAACCAGAGCUGAAGGGUUUUAACCUGAACCCCCUCAACCAGGAUGAGCUUAAAGCUCUCAAGAUCAUCUUGAAAGGAUGAAACUCAAGAACCAAGAUGGGAGACCUAAGACCAGCAUCCACACUGGGGUCAUGAAGGACCUAGGACUCUGUAACCUUGAAACCUAAAAGGACAGGAUUUACCCUGUAAAGGGACGGGUGUCAGGAAUUCAGCCAUGACUCCUGUCCGAAGCCUCUUUAUCUAUAGCACUUGGCUGCUCUGUGAUGGUGGGAGGGAACCCUUCACUUGCCAGUGUCUGCUUGGCCUAACCACUGGGGCUAGAUGGACACAAGACCCAUUGACAGGCCUUGGCAGCCACCAGUGAGUGUGUGGGGGUAUGAGAAUGACUGCAACAGGCACUUCUCAACAGUGGCCUGCUGUUCAGAUGGGCCCUGGGCAAGAAAGAAGGGCGAGGGGAAGAAUAGGAGCUUCAUUCCAGCAUUCCUCUAAGAAAAGGAGAAAGACAUUUUCAACAGAAUUAGAAUAAAAACAGGAGGCUCACAGGUGGUUUCUGAAAAAAGGACAGAAUCUUGGUGCUUCAUGGUUCACCACAGUCAUCUGUGGAGCAGACACACCAUUUUCCUCCACUGUCUCCAUUUUAGCCUGUGUUUUCUGCUUUCUCCCAUAUGGAGCAGAGUGGGCACUGCUUAUCAAUCCGCCGCAGCUGCUUUUUAGUCAGGAAGGCCUUAUAGAACCCUGCACCGGAGAUGAGUGAGGGGGGCUGCCCCUUAACGUGCUCUGUGCAUUCAGGAUGCCCCUCCACCACCUCUGAAAGCAGGUCCUGGGGCCAGUGCUGGUUUCAGAGUUCCCGUCUGCCUUCAGUGGUCUCGGGUCCUAAUGUAAAUGUGCUGUGAGGACAACACAGUGUCUUUCCUGUUCAUUGAGGGCUCAAUAAAUGUUCCCUGAGUGAAUGAA